AUGGCCACUAUCGAUAUCACUCCUAAUCAAGAUGGGGGAAUCCAGAAAAAAGUCCUUCGAGAGGGCACUGGGACCACUUCACCGGUUCCUGGAUCGACCGUAUUCGUCCACUACGUAGGAACACUUGCGGAUGGCGGCGAGAAGUUUGAUUCGAGUCGUGACCGAGGGGACGAGUUCAAAUUUGCGCUCGGACGUGAACAAGUCAUCAAAGGAUGGGACCUUGGUGUCGCCACGAUGAAGAAAGGAGAACUGGCUGAGUUCAGGAUUGCGCCCGAAUACGCAUACGGCGCCUCGGGAAGUCCACCAAAAAUCCCAGCAAACGCCACGCUCAUUUUUGAAGUGGAGUUGAUUCGUUGGGAGAGUGAAGAUUUGUCACCAGACCGCGAUGGAACAAUUUCUCGUGAUGUCAUCGUCAAAGGAGAGGAGUUGGCUCAUCCAAACGAUACUAGUGACGUUGAAGUUCAUGCUGUUGGAUCUUUUGAAGGACGAGUCUUCUACGAUAGAGACAUUACUUUUUCCCUUGGUGAGGGAUCGGAGGCUGGAUUGCCCGAGGGAGUUGACCGAGCUAUUCGUCGUAUGACUCGAGGUGAAAAAUCGAUAAUUCAUAUCAAGGGAACCCGGUUUACGUAUGGUACUUCUCCUCCUGCUGAAUAUCAGCUCCCGUCAAAUGCCCCCAUUGACUUCACCAUUUUCUUGAAGAGUUUUGUUAAGGUUCCUGCAACCUGGGAAUUGACGGUUGAACAAAAACUCGAAACGGCUCAGGAGGCCAAAGAGCGUGGAACUCACUUUUUGAAAGAGGGAAAGUUCAAGCUCGCUUUGAACAAGUACAAACGAAUUGAAGACCUGCUCGAAUACGAGAGAACCGCUGACCCUUCCGUUAAAGAGAAACGGGAUGCUCUUAUGGUUGCUGCAUAUUUGAACAUUGCCCUCACACAUUCAAAGAUGAACGAAGAACUCGAAUGUAUUAAGGCUUGUGAUAAGGUAUUGGAGCUGUCGCCUGGCAACGUGAAAGCGCUUUAUCGAAAAGGGAUGGCAAAGCUCUCUUUCAGCGAUUUCGAUGAGGCUCUUACAAUCUUCGAGAAAGUUAUGGCAUCAGAGCCAGGGAACAAAGCAGCUGAACAGCAAAUUCUCAUUUGCAAGCAGAAGAUCAAAGAGUUCGAGCAGAGAGAAAAGCGGCGUUUCAAAGGACUUUUUGCCAAACUUGGAAACGAUGUCCCCGAAGAGCAGGAGCAAAAAAAUCCAUCCGAGGAGAAAGUUGGAGAAGAAAAUGCGGAGCCAAUGGAAGGCUCGUCAGCU